AGCGAACAUGAAAACAGUAUAGAAGUCAGCAUUUCAGCCCUCUAGGAGCUAUACUCACUCACAACCGCCAUGAAGAUCUAUCUUGCGUCCACCGCUCCAAUCAACCCAGCAAACGUGCCAUCCAAACUCACACGCGCGCAAGUUUGGGAAGGCCUGAAAAUCAAGGCUCACAGCCCCUUUCGCUUCGUUCCAAUCAUAGAGAAAUGCAGAGUGGUCGAGGAACAUGGCACAGGCCUCACUUGUGUUGUGCAGUUUGGGCCUGGCACUGGCCCGCCGGGCAAGACCACGGAGGUCGUGACCUUCGGGGGCGAAGUCUAUGUACGUAUCCUCCAGACCUUCACGAUUGGUCUCAGACUGAUGUUUGGGUCCCACAGGCAGAAUCCCAAUGGUCGAUGCCGGGACCGUCAUCUCGAACAUUGUUCGGAUGGAGACGGUGAAACUGACCUCUAUCUAACGUAUAACCAUACCUGGAAUUUUCCUGAGAUUCAUCCGGGAUCUCCUGAAGAGAAGGAGAAGAGAGAGCAAAUGAAAUGGUCUAUAAAUGAAUCGAUGGCGGUCGCGGUGUCAAUCAAUGAAUUACGCGAUUUGGUUCAGGAAGGGGAAGUUGAGGUAUAAUAGUUGUUAGAGUGGCAAUAAUGGAAAGGCUUCCGGGGCGUCGCAUUGAGCUCUCUCCCUCUCUAAUAGUGCUGCACCAUGUCUCGGAUCAUUUUACACUCUACGUAGCUGCAAGAGGUG